UAGGGAUUUUGAGUAGGGAGAAGAAGAGAUGCCUUGCUUGAACCCACCUACUAACGUGAACCUGGAGGGCAUUGAUAUCUCCUCCAUCCUCAAAGAAGCCACUUCCGCCGUCGCCGAUCUCAUCGGAAAACCAGAUGCUCAUGUGAUGGUUAUGUUGAAGAGUUCAGUCCCCAUUGCUAUAGGUGGGAUUGAAGACCCAGCAGCCAAUGGUGAAGUGGUGUCCAUUGGAGGUCUUAACCCAGAUGUAAACAAGAAGCUUAGUGCUGCAAUUUCAACCAUACUUGAAGCCAAGUUGUCUGUUCCUCCUACAAGAUUCUUCCUCAAAUUCUAUGACACCCUGGGCUCCAACUUUGGAUGGAAUGGAACCAUCUUAUAA